UUCAGAUUACUUUCUGACAUUGUUACAACAAUUAAUUUAAGAUGUUUUUAAGAAAAUUAUCACUAAAAUUAAAAUAUUUUUCCGUAAUUCGAACUUGUCAUCAUCAGGCAUUUUCCCUGCAAAAAGAUAAAGCUUAUAUUAAUGGACAUUGGAUAUCAGCUUCAAAUGGCAAAACAUUUAAUGUUAUAAAUCCAUCAACUGGAGAAUCUUUAGGAUCUGUUCCAGACUGUGGUGUAACUGAAACAGAAGAAGCCAUCAAAGCUGCUUAUAAUGCAUUUCAAACUUGGAGUUGCAGACCUGCAAAAGAGAGAGGAAAAUUCUUACGACAGUUAUUUGAUUUGCAAAAUAAAUAUCAAGAUGAUUUGGCUUCUCUUAUUACAGCAGAAAUGGGAAAACCAUUUAAAGAAGCUCAAACAGAAAUUGCUUAUGGUGCUUCUUUUCUAGAAUGGUUUUCUGAAGAAGCAAGACGUAUAUAUGGAGAUAUAAUACCUACAGCUUCAAAUUCCAAACAGGCAAUGGUCCUUCGUCAACCAAUUGGAGUUGCAGCAAUUAUAACACCUUGGAAUUUUCCAAAUGCUAUGAUAACUCGUAAAAUUGGUGCAGCACUUGCGGCUGGAUGCACAUGUAUUAUCAAACCUGCGGAAGAUACACCUUAUUCAGCUCUUGCACUUGCGCAAUUAAUAAGUGAAGCAAACUUCCCACCUGGAGUUGUUAAUGUUUUAACUGUUUCCAAAGAGCAAACUCCAGCUGUUGGUUUGAAAUUAUGUAAAGAUCCAUUUGUGUCAACUAUUUCAUUCACUGGAUCAACAAAUGUUGGAAAGUUACUUCUUGAACAGUCUGCAUCUACAGUUAAGAGAGUUUCAUUAGAGCUAGGAGGAAAUGCUCCAUUUAUUGUUUUUAACUCUGCAAACAUUGAUAAAGCCAUUAAAGGAAUCAUUGGUUCAAAGUUUCGAAAUGCUGGACAGACUUGUAUUUGUACAAAUCGAAUAUUUGUACAAGAUAAGGUACAUGAUGAGUUUGUUCAGAAACUAAAUGUUGCUAUGGAAAAGCAGUUAAUAUUAGGAGAUGGGUUCAAACCUGAAACAACCAUAGGCCCACUAGUUAAUGAACAAGCUGUGAAUAAGGUAGAUAAACAUGUUCAAGAUGCUAUUAACAAAGGAGCUGUUUUAUGUAAAGGAGGGAAAAAGUUGAAUAAUAAUUUUUUUGAACCAACAUUAUUAACUAAUGUUAAAGAAGAUAUGAUAGUUUGUCAUGAAGAAACAUUUGGUCCUCUUGCUGCUGUUAUCAGAUUUAAAUCAGAAGAUGAAGUAAUAACUUUUGCAAAUGCUACUCGAUUUGGACUAGCAGGUUAUUUUUAUUCUGAAGAUAUAUCCCAAAUCUGGAGAGUAGCUAAGAAAUUAGAAGUCGGUAUUGUAGGUGUUAAUGAAGGAGCAGUAUCAAUGGCAGAAAUUCCAUUUGGAGGUGUUAAAGAAUCAGGUUUGGGAAGGGAAGGUUCAAAAUAUGGUAUUGAUGAAUUUGUAUAUUUAAAAUAUAUAUGCUUAGGAGGUCUUGAAUAAAUUAAUCCUAUUUAAAAGUGUAUUUUGUAGUUCAUGAAAGAAAAUUUUGUUAAGUUGAUUAUAAUAAUAUGUUGAUUAUUAUUAAUACUAACCACUAUCAACAAUUGUAAGAGAUAAAGCAAAUUUAUUAUUGCAAUAAAUCAGAUUAACAAAAUUUUAA